AGCCAUUAUAAAGAACCAAAAACAAAACAAAGAGUAAAAACCGAGUACAUGUCGACGAUGUCGUGUUGUUUACCCUUCCCUACAACAUAGUAUCUGCAUUUCAAAGACCGUUAACUACCCACCAAGACCAAGGACGAGAAUGUUAGCUAUUCACACGGGAACAUGAUGGCAUGAACAUGAACCACCACUUGUGGUUGUGAGCAUUGUACUAGCUUCGUCAACGAGUUCUACUGCGCAUGCUUUGGGUUUGAUUUUCCAAAUUUAGAUAUUUUUUUAUUUUCCUUAUCCUAUUUUAUUUCCUUUUAUUUUAAAGUUUUGAUUUUUGGUCACAAUAAAUGUACCCAUCUUCAAAAGUUGCUAGCUUUCAGCAUUUUAGUCUCCAUAGAAAGAUGGGUUGUUGUUACAUUGGAUUUUCAUGGUGAUAGCAAUAGUGGGUAGUGUUUGUUUUGGGUUUUUUUUUUGUGUUUUUGCACAUAAAGUUUUGAUUUUUUCAACUGGGUUGUGAAAAUGUGGAGUAGGUGGUGGAGUUGUGGUGGUGGUGCUGGGUUGUUGAGGCAAAGGGGGUAUAGUGUUUUCAAUGGAAGUCAUGGUUAUGGGGGAAAGCUUCAUCCUUUUGAACCUUUUUUGUUGGGUGUGAGGGAUUUUGCAGUGGAAUGUGGUGGUGGUGGUGGUGGAAGGAGAGGAGGGGUGGCUUCUUUCUCAGUUGGCGUGAUGAAGCAGAUGAAGAGGGGUAUGACUUCCUCAACUACGGUUUCGUCGCCGCCGGAUGGUGGAAAAUCCAAUUCAUCAGAGAAUGAAGGUGGUGGUGGUGGUGCUGCUAGCAAUGGUAAUGGUAAUGGUAAUGGGACAAUAGAUGAUUCUAUAUCCUUCUCUGAAGCUAAGAAGCUUAUGAGAUUGGUGAAUGUGGAAUCUCUCAAGAUUAAGCUUGGUAUGGAAGGGAAGGAGGUUAUUGCCUACAGUGAGCUUCUUGAAGUGUGUGUGAGCAUGGGUGUUGCUAGGAAUCCAGAGGAGGCUUCGGCAUUCGCCAAGGUUCUGGAUGAGGCUGGGGUUAUCCUUCUCUUUCGGGAUAAGGUCUAUCUGCAUCCUGAUAAGGUGGUGGAUCUGGUUAGAAGAGCAGUUCCCAUGGCACUGACUGCCGAGAGUGAUCCCAUGAGGGAGGAGUUAAAGAAUCUGCAGGACAGGAAGGAAGAGAUUGAUGUUUUAGCGCAUAAGCAGGUGCGGCGCAUCCUGUGGUCUGGCCUAGGGUUCGGUGUCGUCUCAGUUGGUCUCUUCUUCAGGCUAACAUUCUGGGAAUUCUCAUGGGAUGUGAUGGAACCUAUUGCAUUUUUCACCACAACCACUGGCUUAGUUAUAGGCUAUGCCUACUUUUUGUUCACUUCCAGAGACCCUACUUACCAAGACUUGAUGAAGAGGCUCUUUCUCUCAAGGCAGAGGAAGCUUCAUAGGAGGUUUAAUUUUGAUGUUGACAGGUUUGUGGAGCUCCAGUGCAAGUGUAAAACACCUUUAGAUGCCAAAACCAUUUUGAAAAAUCGCAUUGGGGUGGAACUUGAUCUGGAAGAUGCCUUGCACAGGGAUUAACAAUUUUUCAGGUGGUUUUAUAAUUUUUACUUUUCUUACUCUUAAAAAUCUUAGUGCAUGGUUGGAAAUUCUUCUGCAAUUGAUUCUGAAGCCACAAUGAAUUCUGGAAAGAAGCUUAUAUUAGUAGCUUUUGGGUGCCGGAAUUAGUUCUGAGGAAAGCCAAACUGAUCCAAAGAUACUAGAGUUAACCUUGUUCCUCUCCGUUUUCACCUUGGAGGGGAGAAACUUAUUCUAACUUUUGUUCCAGCUUUUAAGGGCCACCAUUUUUUUCUUUUAUAUUUGAUCAUAUGUACUUGUACUUUUACAUAUGAAAGAACAUUACAUACUCUUA